GUCGAGGCUUCCUAUCACCGUCUGCGGAAUCGCCGUUUGACCCCGGAAGUGCCGGCGGACUGGGAGCUGUCACCGUGGACCGCGGCGGCGGCGGCGGCGGCGGCGGCGGCACGGAGCCGGUAGUGGAGCCGCCGAGGAGGGUCACGCAGCACAAUGCCAGCUCUGCCCCUGGACCAACUCCAGAUCACCCACAAGGACCUGAAGACAGGAAAGCUGAGGACAUCACCAGCGCUGCACCCCGAGCAGAAGGCAGACCGGUAUUUUGUGUUAUACAAACCGCCCCCUAAAGACAACAUUCCCGCCCUAGUGGAGGAGUACCUGGAACGCGCCACCUUCGUAGCCAAUGACCUCGACUGGCUCCUGGCCUUGCCUCACGAUAAAUUCUGGUGCCAGGUCAUCUUCGACGAGACCCUGCAGAAGUGCCUGGACUCCUACCUGCACCAUGUUCCCCGGAAGUUCGACGAGUGGGUGGCCCCGGCCCCCGAGGUUGCUGACAUGCAGAAGCGGCUCCAUCGCAGUGUUUUUCUCACCUUCCUCCGCAUGUCCACUCACAAGGAAUCCAAAGAUCACUUCAUUUCCCCCUCUGCGUUUGGAGAAAUUCUCUACAAUAACUUCCUGUUUGACAUCCCAAAGAUCCUGGACCUCUGCGUGCUCUUUGGAAAAGGCAACUCGCCUCUGCUCAAGAAGAUGAUAGGAAACAUCUUUAACCAGCAGCCAAGUUACUACAAUGACCUGGAUGAGAGCAUGCCCACCAUCCUUCAGGUCUUCAGCAAUAUCCUCCAGCACAGCGGCUUGCAAGGGGACGGGGCCAGCUCCACACCCCAGAAGCUUGAAGAGCGGGGCCGGUUGACCCCCAGUGACAUGCCUCUCCCGGAGUUAAAGGACAUUGUUCUCUACCUUUGUGACACCUGCACUACGCUCUGGGCCUUUCUGGACAUCUUCCCUUUGGCUUGCCAAACCUUCCAGAAACACGACUUCUGUUACAGACUCGCUUCCUUUUACGAAAUAGCAAUUCCCGAGCUGGAGUCUGCAAUUAAGAAGAGGAGGCUAGAAGACAGCAGGCUGCUGGGUGACCUGUGGCAGAGGCUGUCCCACUCCAGGAAGAAGCUGCUGGAGGUUUUUCACAUCCUCCUGUACCAGAUCUGCCUUCUCCCCAUCCUAGAAAGCAGCUGUGACAACAUUCAGGGCUUCAUUGAAGACUUCCUGCAGAUCUUCAGCUCUUUGCUGCAGGAGAAGAGGUUCCUCCGGGACUACGAUGCGCUCUUCCCGGUGGCCGAUGACGUCAGCUUGCUGCAGCAGGCCUCGUCCGUCUUAGAUGAGACACGGGCUGCCUACAUCCUCCAGGCGGUUGAGAGUGCGUGGGAAGGGGUGGACCGACGGAAACCCACGGACGCGAAAGACCCCCCAGGGGCCGAGGAUCUUAAUGGCGUCGGGGCGACCGCGGAGCCAGUCAGGGGACCGGCCUCACAUCCGGAGAACUCGGAGGAGGAGGAGUGCUUGGGGGCCGCUGCCGCCCUGGGCCCCCCGGUGAGUGGCGUGGAGCUGGACUCGCUCAUCUCCCAAGUGAAGGACCUGCUCCCGGACCUCGGGGAGGGCUUCAUCCUGGCCUGCCUGGAGCACUGCGGCUACGACCCGGAGCAGGUCAUCAACGACAUCCUGGAGGAGCGGCUGGCCCCUGCCCUCCGCCAGCUGGACCGCGGCCUGGACAGACAGAUAAAGCCCGACCCGACGCCUCUGCUGACAUCGCGUCACAACGUCUUCCAGAACGAUGAGUUUGACGUGUUCAGCAGGGACUCAGUGGACCUGAGCCGGGUACACAAGGGCAGGAGGAAGGAGGAGGACGCGAGGAGCCUGCUGAACGACAAGAGGGCGGUGGCGGCGCAGCGGCAGCGCUACGAGCAGUACAGCGUCGUGGUGGAGGAGGUAGGUGCCGGGCUGCGGGGCUCUGAGCAGUACCGUGUGGUGGUGGAGGAGGUGCCGCUGCAGCCAGGCGAGGGCCUGUCGUACCGCGGCGAUGACUAUGAGGAUGAGUAUGACGACACGUAUGAUGGCAACCAGGUGGGCGCCAACGAUGCCGACUCCGACGAUGAGCUCAUCAGCCGCAGGCCCUUCACCAUCCCUCAAGUGCUAAGAACCAAAGUGCCCACAGAAGGGCAGGAGGAGGAUGACGAGGAGGAGGAGGAAGCUGAAGACGAGGCCCCCAAGCCCGACCAUUUUGUGCAGGACCCUGCGGUGCUACGGGAGAAGGCAGAAGCCAGGCGCAUGGCCUUUCUCGCCAGGAAAGGGUACCGACAUGACAGCUCAGCAGCUGUGGCCGGCAGCCCCCGGGGCCACGGGCAGAACCGUGAGACAACCCAGGAACGCAGGAAGAAGGAAGCGAACAAGUCGACACGAGCCAAUCACAACCGGAGAACCAUGGCCGACCGCAAACGAAAUAAAGGCAUGAUUCCCUCCUGAAGCCGCCACGCCAGGGCCCGCGAGGAGGCAGCGGUGCCAAGCCCGCCAGGCUGUUUCCUCGCCAGAGACCCAAGUUCAACUCGACCCCUCAGCCGCCUCAGCUUUGCAGCCCCUGAGAAGGCCGCCUCGUUGUCCACCAGCCAGCCGUGAGCACCCUCUUGCAGAACACACAGUGCCUUAUCCCACAGCAGAGGAGCCUGGGCCAGCGCGGGCAGAAGGGAGGGACAGCCCCAAGGCGAGGCCCAAAGCCUCUUGCAGCCAGACACCGCUUCCCUUUCCUCUGGACGGCAGGAAACCUGUGUAUUCCAAACAAAAAAGGCCUGCGAAUAGAAUAAAGCGUUUGACCCUUUUGAGCAAUCAUCCAUGACGUGCCCGUGACCCGCCGUCCCCGUGUCCCAUCCUCCCGUGACAGCCACGGAGGAGGGCAGGACGUCAGCGGGUCCUUCCCAUCAGCCUGCCGUGCUUGCCUCACGUGGCUCCCCUCCCGAUGCCGCUCUGCCUUGCUGUGUGUCCCUGGGAACAUCGCUCCCUUCUCCAGCUCCUGCUUGUGGAAGGAAGGACUCGGGUGUGAGGCCCUGCAGUCCUGCCUGUUCUCCUUUGGUCCCCACCACCUGCUCCCGAGGAGGCAGGCCCGUUGUCAGCCCCAGAGCACAGAUGAGGAAGGGGAGGCCCUGAGCUGACGGCGCCGGCCUGGGCCAUAGCUAGGAGUGGGCCAACGGGGAUGGACACGCAGGCGGACCCCUGGCCUCUGUCAGGCCCCCGGCCCCUGGGUGGUGUCACCUCCGUCUCUGCUGGCCUGAGGACACUUGGCCAGCGCAGAGCCCGGACCAGAACUCAGUGCCUCCUGGUUGUGCGUGUACCAUAAAUCCUACAGAAAUGAGGGGUCGGAGAUCAGAAGAAGCAAGUGAGGAUAUUACUGCCAGGCCCGGUUGGAGUGAGUGGGACUUGGGCCUGGUUCCCCAGAGCCCCCUCCCCGGCAUGGCCAACUGGCUCCGAGUGUGGCAGCAGCUGCCGUCAUCCCGAUUCCCGGGCCUUCAGCAUGUGGCUGCACAAUGGCACAUGGGGGCAGUCGCUGGGCUGAUCCUAGCAGCGGAAGCCAGGGCCCCUGCCCAGCUGGGCCUCGACAAUUGCCCUGGUUGCCAGGACAAUUCAUUUGCAUGUGGUCAGGAUGAGCCUCUGAAGCAGCGAGGCAGACAGGCCUUGACAGAUCGGUUGUGUGCGGUCAGCCCGCUCGAGUGAAAAUCGAUGGCCGUUCUCCCGCGUCGCGCCCGGUCUCUGGGUGCGCUGGAGAUGCAGAGCUGACCUGGGGGCGGUGUCCUCCCCUCACGCUGCCGAAUUAGCUGAGAUCAGGCCCGGGCAGCCACCCCGCCAGGUGGCAGGAGGACUAUUUCCUCCCGUCGGCAUUUGCCAGGGCUCGGGCGGGGGCCGUUCUUGUUCUGUCACUGGCCCAGCUCAUCCCUGGAGCAAAGGCAGGCGGGUCAGGGGAGCUCCCGGCCUUUACAUGUCAUACCUGUUACUGUCCACUUGGCCCCUCUCCUUUCACUCUGCCGUCUGCACCUCCUGACCACCAGAGUGGUGUCCAGGCCGCACCCGCUUCCUGGUUUAAAGGCCUUGAGAAGACAGAAGGGAUUUUUCCAAUUUUCCCGAACGUCCUGCCAGGCCAAUUGAGCCUCCCUGGAGGAUCUGCAUGCUUUCUCAUUCUAGAUCUUGAGAGCACCCUUUCAGGGAUGCUUUGAAAACAGCUCAGGGUCAUGGUGCUGGCAGGCACACCCCUUCGCCUCAUAGGGUCUCAGUUUUCUCAUCUGCAAAGUGGGUACAUUGGCCCAGAUGAAUGGUUUACACUUGGUGCCUGUUAAAUCCUCUGAGGCAGCCCCAAGGUUUAAGAUGGGCAAUGGCAGAAGUGCUCUAAGUGAAGUGGGACGGGGGCCCUGAACCCUGCCCACUGGCUCACUGGGGUCCAACCACUCCUGCUUCUGACGCAAGAAUUUUCAAGUGCCUUCUCUGUUCCCUGGCAGAGAAUAUGACUAUGACAGGCAUUUCCCAGGAAGCUUUUAAGACCUUGUGCCUCUGAGAGAGACUCGUGUUUGUUCCUAGUCCGUGAGUGGCGAUGACGGUUAGCAUGUUUGCUUGGACAGCGCUUCUGUGCUGCGAGUGGGUGGACAGAGCGCGUCAUUGUUUAUAGAAGGGAGCCGGGAGCACAGGGAGUGACUUGCCCGGAGCCCAGGGCGAGUUAGCGGCAGGGCCUGCACGCAGAGCCUUUCUGAGGGCCCCCGAGCCAGCAGGUGCAGCCAGAGGAGGAAAUGGCUGUCAAGAACCUGCCUGUCCCUGUUACACCAAGAGCUUGGGGUAAAUAAUACAGGGAGGGAAUAAAAAUAAAAACAAACCCACCAAAAAUGGGGUGGGGGUGGGGGUGGAACACCCCCUUUAUAUGUCAGUGAAAUGAUGCUAGCCAUGUGGGAAACUAAAUAUUCAAGAAUGAUGUUUUUUAAAGUUUGAAAGCAGAAUACAUGCUGGUGAAAAUGUAAAAAAAAAAAGAAAGAAAAGAUUUUGCAUACAGACCACAUCUGGAAGGGAAUGUGCAUGAAUGAACACGAUGAUGAGACCACGAUGAACUGUAGUGAAAAUAAAGGUACUCACUGAGGACUUGCA